AUGACGCCAGGCCGCGCCGCGCCAGCGACUGCGACAGGAUCUUCCGGUCACCGUCAGCCACGUCGCCAGCAGCGGGUGCGCAACUUACGUCCUGCGACGUCGAGUCCGGACGACGUGAGGACUCAUCAGUCGCUUGGUCCAAGACAGAUGGUACAGGGGUACGCUGGAGGGUACGCUGGACUGCAGGAGGGUAGAUUCACGGGGCAGCCAGCGCGGUCCCCGUCUGUUCGGGACAGGAACGAGCAGUUAUUGAGCAACAGGUUACAAGAGAAUUCAAUGAAGACAAGUACGAGUCACGAGCUGCAGGUCAAGCGCCAGUUGGUGCAACAGGAGAGGGAAGAGGAGCUGGCGGGCCGUCCGGCAAUGAUUGCUAUGGACCAAGAUGAUCUACCAGCUCUGUACCUCAAGCAAGAACGACGUUCUGGAGACAGGAGAGCAGAGUCUUAUUAUCCAGACGGGAGCAGGGGUGAAAAAGCGCGUGGACAUUUCACGACGGGAGGCGUGUCUCAUGGAAACUGCAGAAGCAGUCGGGCAGUCAGUGGAAGCAGACUUAAUGUCCAGAGUCAUAGCAGUCGCAACAGUGCAAGUCGAAGUCGUGGUUCGAGCUCGAGCAAUUACCAUCGUCAAAACGCGGGAGCUGUACGUCACGUGGACAAUGAUCAGUGCCAGCCUGCUCCUGCACGUACUGAAGCUCCUGCUGCACGCCAGCAGGUCUCUUCGGUUUACACGUCCGUGCCGGUUCGUGCCGCAGUGAAGCCGGCUACACGGACUGAGCCGAUAGUGUGGCGUGUUGCGAUGGACCCCAAGUCAAAGAGACCCUACUACUACCACACGAUCACCUGGGAGACGACAUGGAAGAAACCGGCAGAAUUGGUGGCCGCUGAAACACGCGAGAAGCGUCAGUUUUUUUCGGUGAUGGAGAAUAACAUUCGCCUAAAGCUGCGGGAUGGCUAUUAUACGCGCGACAGUGAGACAUCAAACUCGAACCACAGCACACCUGAUGCGGUCCACAAGCCGCAUAACGAGGUGUCCCCACGUACCUCGUGCCGCUCGUCUGCGAGUACUGCAAGUACACGCAGCAGCUUGAGCUCAUACACGGGUGGAUCCGGAAGGUCUUUACCCGGGUCCGCGCGGCAGCUCAUUAUGAGCUCUACACGGUCGCUGCCCGCGACUCCGGAAGUAAUGGACGUGCCGUAUUUGGGCCCGACUGAGACGCAGCCCCAGCAAGAACCCGAGUCCAUAGCGCGAGAUUCAGAAGAAAGUCGUGACAGCAUGAAACGCCCGUCGUUGUUCAGGACGCUGUCGUCCUAUGAAACGCCCGUUAUGACCUCGUGUCGCAAAAGUGGUGAUGUUGUGGACUUGGAAGAGGUCGGCUGUAACGCUCCUAUCUCUCUUGUUACACCGUCGCCAAUUCAGGAGUGUGUGUGUCUGGCAACCCUGAUGUCGCGGGCUUCAGAUUUAGAGACUUAUGCUCGUGCUGCUGGAGCGGCCAAUGGAUAUGGCAGGCCGUCCCUGCAGGCUCUAUCUGGAAGAGGCAGUUCGGCGUCAGCGCUUGUGAAUGCUCAGGCUUUUGGAAGCAAGGGUGCUUUUGUGAACAAGCCAUGCACGGUGCGACGUCGUUCCAACAGCACUAACUCCAUUUAUUUGCGAAUGGGUACAAUGGAUACGCCUGAUCAAGAUGCCACGAUUCAGUGUGUGGCAACUGUCUUACGGGCGCACAUGAUGGAAGCGCUGGAAGAUCCGAUUCGAUCCGAACCGCGCUUUGAUGUAUUUGUGACAGCGCACGACCACCAGUGCGUCCCGUCUCUUGUAGACGAAUUGAGUACUAAAGAAUCUUGUUUCGCAGAGAUGGAGAACAACAAUGUUAUGGUGGAUGUUGUCCCCACGCUGUCGGAAAUCGCUACUUUUGUCAAGCACGUGUUUUCCCGUGCUCAGAUGGAGUCAGAGUGCAUUAUUAUGAGUCUCGUGUAUGUGGAGCGUCUUUUGAAGGCCACAAGCGGUUCUCUGCAGCUACGCGGGGAAAAUUGGCAGCGAUUGGUGUUUUGCUCGAUGGUCAUGGCUUCGAAGGUCUGGGACGAUUUGAGCAUGACCAACGCUGACUUUUCCAGGAUCUGGCCGGAGCUCUCGCUGAAGCUAAUCAAUGAGCUGGAGCUUGUGUACCUGAGUGCCGUGGAGUACAAUGUCCGAGUGUCGGCUGCGUCGUACGCAAAGUACUAUUUCCAUCUGCGGUCCAUGUGUGCUACGAUGGGUUUGCUGGAAGCCUUCGAUGAAAGUGCACCACUAAACCUCGAUGGUGCUCGUAAGAUGCAGGUACUGUCGGAAGAAUAUCAGGAGCGAUCGAAGCUAAUGCCGGCUCCCCGCCGCCGUAGUGUGACGAUCACGAGCACGUCAGUUGGCGAAAGUAUGCAGACCGGUGGCAGUGCAAGACGCCUCGAGGUCGGUGGUUCAUCAGCUAGGCUGACGAAAGCUUCGCCUGCCGCGAGUCUUGAACAGCUCGUGCGAAUGCAGUUACGCGUUGCUGGUGGUAGCUCGCUUCGGUCGUCAAUGCAUCGCUUGACCACAGCGAAGCAGUGA